UGGGGAACAUUGAAAUGCAAACAUUGUUUAUGACAUAUACUUCACAAUAGAUAACAUUUUUGUUAUUCAGUUUUCGGUUAUUAAUUGUAUUGUUUUGAGCGCAAGAAUCGUCCGAAAACUAAAUACAUUCACAUUCUGUGGUUAAUAACUGUUUGAGUCGUUGAGAGAAAUAUUGUGAGAUUUGAGACAAAUUGAGAGACACUUAAAGACAACACUAUUUAGUGAUAGUUAUAUAAAGUCGACACUAAUUGAAGACAAUUUGUGAUUAUAUCUCAACUCAAUCACUACUAUGUCAUCAAUUCUUAGCCGAAGUGUUACCAAUAAUAGGUCUUUACUAUAUUAUCCGAUCGGUGUGAGAAGUGUUCAAACGGAUAGUCAGCCUAAAACUAAACAACAGAAGAUUAAGAAGUUUUCAGUCUAUCGAUGGAAUCCAGAAAACCCUUCAGUGAACCCACACUUGCAGUCAUACGAUGUGGACCUCAGUUCAUGCGGUCCUAUGGUAUUGGAUGCGUUGAUUAAAAUUAAGAAUGAAAUGGAUCCGACCCUAACAUUUAGGCGUUCCUGUAGGGAAGGCAUAUGUGGAUCCUGUGCCAUGAAUAUUAAUGGCACCAACACUUUGGCUUGUAUUUGUAAAAUUGAAGACAAUUUAAGUAAGGAUACUAAAAUCUAUCCGUUACCACACCUAUAUGUCGUCAAAGAUUUAGUACCGGAUUUAAAUAACUUCUAUAAUCAAUACAAGUCAAUACAGCCAUGGCUUCAGCGAAAAGAAAAAAGUAAUGGCACUCAAUAUUUGCAGAGCAUUAAAGACAGGGACAAACUCGAUGGUCUCUAUGAGUGUAUUUUGUGUGCCUGUUGUUCCACUUCAUGUCCCAGUUAUUGGUGGAAUAGUGACCGAUAUUUAGGUCCAGCAGCUCUCAUGCAAGCCUAUCGAUGGGUGAUUGACUCCAGAGAUGAAUCAACAGCUGAACGAUUAGAAAAACUUAAAGACCCGUUUUCAUUGUACAGGUGUCACACUAUUAUGAACUGCACCCGAACCUGUCCUAAACAUCUGAAUCCGGGCAAAGCUAUCGGCGAGUUGAAGAAAUUGGCGUCGGGUUGGAUACAAAAAGAAAAACCAGAGAUGACAGGACAGUCCUAAUGUGGUAUUAAAUACAGUAUUAAUUAGAGUAUUUAAAGAUACAAUUGAGUCUAUAUAUCAAUGAUUAAUUAGUUUAAAAAUAAUUUAUUGCAUUUUGCAAAUAAUUUUAGAAAUUAAUGAGAGAAAAUCCAGACAAUGUGUUGCGUUUAAGUUGUAAUAAAAAUACAAAUUUUGUUGACAAGAGUUGAUGGGUUUCAUUAAUUGUUUGAAUUUCUUCAUCACUUAAAAUACGUUUUAAAUUAUC